AUCCAAUGUGCUUUUACUACUUUUGCUUGGGCAACACACCCCACCCCUUGGUUAGCCGAUGCAUCCCUUUUCUCACUCUCUCUCUGCUAAACUAGAAACAGACGACAAAUCUCCGAGCUGGCAAAGAUUCCAUCUUUAAUUGUCCCUCCACCCCCUUACCACUGAUGGGGUGCUUCUUGCUCUUCCCCAUCCAUUCCUCUAAUAAUAAUUCUAUCACUCUCUAAUUCCCCCACACAAACCUAAAAAUUCUACAAAACUCCUCAUUCUACCACUCCCCACCAUCCCUUUCUUUAUUUCAUUUUCACACAAAUCUCACAGCCCCCCCCCCCCCCCGCCCCUUAAUUUAAUUUAUUGAAAACACCCAACAAUCAUUCUCCAACAAGUAUCUUUCUUUAUUUGUUUUUUUUUCUUCAGUUAAUUUAAAUUAAUAAUGGGUUGCACCACCUCCAAGAUUGAUGAUCUACCGGCGGUGACUCUUUGCCGUGACCGUUGCACCUUUCUUGAUGAAGCUAUUCAUUACCGUUACGCUUUAGCUGAAGCCCAUUUAGCUUAUCUUCACUCACUCAAAAACAUUGGCCUCUCUUUACAUAAUUUUUUCCAACAAAACACUCAUCUUUCUAACUCUAAUUCUACCCCUCAUUCACCUAAAAAUGACCCCCCUAGACAUCCUGUUAAUGUUGUCAUUGAUGAGAAUAAUGUUUCUCACUCUAGUUCUAGUUCACAUCUUCAUUUUCAUUCUGAUUCUGACGAUGAUGACGUGUCCACUUCUGAAUCUUUACAUCAUAUUCCUAACCAACAUUCCGACUUUCCUAACACACUUCAUCAUCAUCAGUAUGGUCCGUUUGUUUAUGGGGAUCAAGAAAUGCUUGGUUUAGAUGGCUUUAUGCAUCUGAAUUUUAUGAGGAACCAAACAAUGCCUUCAGUUACUUAUGAACAACUACCAAUGAGUACUGAGACUGUUCAUAUGAGUGAACCUGUACGCUCUACUUCUUAUUUUCCUUAUGCUAAUAACCCGAACCUGAAUCCAAACCCGAACUCUUAUGACAACUACUCGGGUUAUCCGAAUUAUGGUGGGGCUGUGGUGGGGCCCACAUUGGUGGCUUCGAGUUCCAAACAACCACCGCCACCACCGUCACCACCGAGGAGUUCACCGUGGGAAUUCUUGAACGUUUUUGAGAGUUAUCCUGUGUUAUAUACGCCAAGUAGUAGAAGUAAAGACUCAAGAGAGGUGAGAGAAGAGGAAGGUAUACCUGAUUUGGAAAAUGAUGAGGAUUUUGAACAUCAUGAUGUUGUUGUUAAGGGAGUUCGUGAGGAUGAAAAAAGGUUUGUGGACGAGGUUGUUAAGGCAGUUGAGGUGAAUGAGAAUGAGAAGGGUGUUGAUUCAGAGUCGAUACAACACCAGUCGAGGCCGAGUUCAUCGAACGAGGAUGAGGAUGAUCCGGUUGAGUAUGAAGUGCACAUGGUGGAUAAGAAAGUGGUUAAUGAGGAGGAGAGCCGGGGAAAUGUAGCUAGUUUUAAGAGUGAUUCGGAUGUUGUGAAGGAGAUUCAGGUUCAAUUUGAGAGAGCUUCGGAGUCGGGGAGUGAGGUUGCUAAGAUGCUCGAGGUUGGAAAACUUCCUCACAACCGUAAGCACGCCACAUAUCAAGUUUCUUCCAAGAUGUUGCACUCCAUUGCCCCUUCCUCGUCUGUACUCGCGCUACCUUCUACAUCAAAUAAUGCUGCGAUUGAGGUUGCUGAUUAUGCCAUUUUAGAUGUAGAAGGAGAUAUUAGUUCAAGGCCUGGAAACAUUUCUUCUACAUUACAGAAGCUGUACCUCUGGGAGAAGAAACUGUUUGAGGAGGUUAAGGUGGAGGAGAAGAUAAGGGUGCUUCAAGAAAGGAAAAGUCGAAAGCUGAAGCAAUUAGAUGAAAGGGGUGCCGACUCUCACAAGGUUGACAUGACCAGAAAAUUGGUUUUAAGUCUCUCCUCAAAGAUUAGAAUUGCAAUUCAGGUAGUUGAUAAGAUUUCUGAGAAGAUAAACAAGUUGAGGGAUGAAGAGUUGUGGCCACAACUGAAUGAACUCAUUCAGGGGUUAAGUAGAAUGUGGAAAUCGAUGCUUGAUUGCCAUCGCCACCAAUGCGUAGCCAUUGGAGCUGCAAAACGAUUAGAUGACAUUGCAUCGCACAAACACUUCUGUGAUGCUAAUCUUGAAGCCACUCUGCAACUUGAGCAUGAGCUUUUGAACUGGACUUUGAGUUUCUCUUGUUGGGUGAGCGCACAAAAAGGCUAUGUGAGAGCAUUGAACAAUUGGCUUAUGAAAUGUCUUCUAUAUGUGCCUGAAGAAACAGACGAUGGAAUAGCUCCCUUUUCUCCUGGUAGGAUUGGCGCUCCCCCUAUUUUUGUCAUUUGUAAUCAUUGGUCACAAGCAUUUGAAAGGGUUUCUGAGAAAGAGGUGGUUGAUUGUAUGCGAGAUUUUGCUACAAAUGUGCUUCAGCUCUGGGAGCGAGAUAAGCUGGAAUUGCGCCAAAAGAUGAUGGUGAAUAAGGAUAUGGAGCGACAAGUGAAGAACCUUGAGAGGGAAGACCAGAAGAUACAAAAGGGGAUUCAUGCACUAGACAAAAGAAUAGUUCUGGUCUCUGGUGAGGAAAAUAGUCUCUCAUUAAAUAGGCAUGUUUACCAGAGCGAGACUAGCAAAAAUAGUAGUUUUCAGGUUGGUCUACAGCGUAUAUUUGAGGCCAUAGAAAGGUUCACUGCUAACUCCUUGAAGGUAUACGAGGAGCUUUUGCAAUGUAUUGAGGAGGAUAGAUUUGCUCGAGAGCCUGAGGCAGUGUCAUAGCAUUGCUUGCCCUUUCCGGCACCCGGAUAUGCUUAUUCUCUAAUUAGAAAUUAUAGAGAUUCCAGGUUGGGAGACAAAGGGAAAUGAAGCCUCGUCGGACUUGCUACUCUUGCUGUAGCAUUGUUACAGCUUGAUCAGUUUCAUCCUCCUUUGCAGAAAACAGAUGUAAUAAACUAAGCUGACAGCAAUAUGCCUUUUGAGUUGUUGCAACGGGAACUUUUUGCAAUGCUCAGAUCAGAUAUUCUUGAACCUUCAGUUUUAGCAGUCUCCUUGGAUUUGUUCCAACAAUAAUAUACUUACCAGGCAGGAAAUGUUUAAAGAUGAAAACUGUCUUGUUGGAACUAUUGUUGAUGAACAUCUGAAAAUUGUUGCUGGAGAUAAUCAGAUGGACUUGACUUGAAGUCUAGGAUCACCAAGCUGGGGUGUCGGAAAGGAGGGGGGGAGUGAUUGGUUCGGGUUGUUAUUGGCAAGAGGGAGGUGCGUGAUGCCGGGACGCCAAGCUGGAAUGUCGGGAGAAUAGAGGUAUUGGAGUCAUUCUUUCGAGACCAAUGACACUUCAUUUUUGUAAGAGGUGUUCUGCGUCUGAGGCUGUUUGGUGAUGUAAGUCAUGAAACUGCAGUUGCCUGACAUUAAGCAUGGCAUGAGACUAGAGAUAUUACAUUAGUUGUAUUUUGGUUGUUGAAUAGGGACGUGUUUCUUAAGAAUCCGGCGCCAAAAUGGCUUUCUAGCUUAAAGACAAAAAUGGCAUGUUCUUUUUUUUUUCUAUACCAAAAUGGGUUUUUUGUUGGGCAACCAACGAAAUGUUAAAUAACAUUAACGUCUCUGUCAUUUUGUUAAAAAAAUAAUAAUAUUAAAAUACCAUUUCGUUGGGCUACCAGCGAAAUGUUUUUUUUUUUUUUUUUUAAUAUUUCGCAUUUCCUUACAAUCCCAACGAAAUGCAAUUAAAUAUUCUUCUUAUUAUUUGUUAGCAUUUCGUUUGGUGUCUAGCGAAAUGUGGUUUUAAUUUUUAGCAUUUCUCGACUAAACCAGCAAAAUGUGCUUUUUUAUUUUAUUUUAAGUUCGUUUAUAUUGCGACUCCCGUGACUUAAAGAAAAUAAAUUUGCAGAUUCAAAUUUAAGACGAGCAUUGAUUGGUCACAUCAAAAUACUGCCUAUCUGUACCCAUAUUAUAUCCUUCAUCUUUCAAUUUUCUUUAAUCAUUUCAUAUCUUUCAGGAUUGUAAUGUUCGACACCCUUCACAUCCAGAUCUGAGGGAAGAGGUCGAGAUGAGGUGCUAGUCUGAGGAACGUCGAAAAGGAGGUUCGCCAAACCCUCCUGCCUCCAAGGUUGUUUGGAAUUGCUAAAUGCGGCAAAACCUUAUGAUGUUGCUGGUGGAGUAACCAUAUUAGAUGAGUUAUAUGGAGCCUCGGACAGAAUCAUAGAUGAGCCACAUAUAUCCAUGGUCGGAUUAUAUAGUGGGAGCUCUGUAUAUCCAUAGAUGAGUGAUAUGGAGCUUCUGGAGCAGUCAUAGAUGGGCCGAAAAAAUCCAUCGAUGGAUAAUAUGGACUGGGUAAAUUCACGUUGAUGAUCUAGAGCCACACCCAUCCACGAAUUUACCUAGUCCAUAUUAUCCAUCGAUCCGGCCCAUCUAUUACUGCUCCAUAUCACUCAUCUAUGGAUAUACACAGCUCCCACUAUAUAAUCCGACCAUGGAUAUAUGUGGCCCAUCUAUGAUUCCGUCCGAGGCUCUAUAUAACUCGUCUAAUAUGGUUACUCCACCAGCAAUAUCAUAAGGUUUUGCCGCAUUUAGUAAUUCCCGACAACCUUGGAGGCAAGAGGGUUUGGCGAACCUCCUUUUCGACGUUCCUCAGACUAGCACCUCAUCUCGGCCUCUUCACUUAGAUCUGGAUGUGAAGGGUGUCGAACAUUACCAUCCUGAAAGAUAUGAAAUGGUCAAAGAAAAUUGAAAGAUGAAGGAUAUAAUAUGGGUCCAGAUAGGCAAUAUUUAUUGAUCGAAAAAAGUAAAAUAGUUCACAAAAUUGAGUCACGAACUACAAAAAAAUUAUUUUGAUGUGACCAAUCAAUGCUCGUCUUAAAUUUGAAUCUGCAACUUUAUUUUCUUUAAGUCACGGGAGUCGCAAUAUAAACGAAAUUGAAAAAAAAAGAAGCACGUUUUGCUGGUUUAGUAGUGAAAGGCUAAAAAUUAAAAAAAACCACAUUUCGCUGGACACCAAACGAAAUGCUAAAAAAUAAUAAGAAAAAAUUUUAAAACUUUUCGCUGGUAGCCCAACGAAAUGGUAUUUUGAUUUUUUUUUUUAACAAAAUGACGGAGACGUUAAUAUUAUUUAACAUUUCGUUGGUUGUUCAAUGAAAAACCCAAUUGGGUAUAGAAAAAAAAAGGACAUGCAACUUUCGUCUUUAGGCUAUAAAAAUGUGCCAUUUUGGCGCCGGACUCUGUUUCUUAAGAUUCAAUCAAUAAUAUGUAUCUAAAAUUAGAUAUGUAGACGAGGAAGUAGUUGAACAGUUAGUGUUUUGACGAUAACAAGGUGAAUUCCAUCGGAUAUUUGUCUAUGGCUAGUUUGGUCCAGGAGGAAGGAUUAUGCA